GUAUUAAUAUUCGUUCUUCGUUUGACAUGCCGCCAUUGUCUUCUCUCUGAGCUACUGCUUCAAAAUCUGGAACGUCUCCUUAGAUUCCAAUUCCAAUGGCUUCAGAGAAGAAACUCUCGAACCCCAUGAGGGAAAUCAAGGUGCAGAAGCUCGUCCUCAACAUCUCCGUCGGCGAGAGUGGCGAUCGUCUCACCAGAGCAUCCAAGGUGUUGGAGCAGCUCAGUGGGCAAACCCCAGUUUUCUCUAAAGCAAGGUACACUGUCCGCUCCUUUGGUAUUAGAAGAAAUGAAAAGAUUGCAUGCUAUGUCACUGUUAGAGGUGAAAAGGCAAUGCAGCUUUUGGAGAGCGGUUUAAAGGUGAAGGAAUAUGAACUUCUGCGAAGAAACUUCAGCGACACUGGGUGUUUUGGCUUUGGUAUUCAGGAGCAUAUUGAUUUGGGAAUCAAGUAUGAUCCUUCUACCGGUAUUUAUGGAAUGGACUUCUAUGUUGUUCUUGAGCGCCCCGGUUAUCGUGUUGGACGUCGUCGUCGAUGCAAGUCUACUGUUGGGAUUCAGCAUCGUGUCACAAAGGAUGAUGCUAUGAAGUGGUUCCAGGUGAAAUAUGAAGGUGUGAUCCUCAACAAAUCACAGGCACUUGUUGGUUAGAUUGGACUAGUUGUUAGAGAAUUUUAUAAGUUUUGUUAAUUUUAAUUUGAUGAUUUUUGAACUAGCAGCUUAAAUUUCUGAAAUAUUAAUGCGUGACCAUAUGAGUUUUAAUGCAUUUAUUUCGAACUUUAUUUUUGGCAUC